AUGCACCAGUCCGCCGCCCUCGUAGCCGCCUUGACGGCCAUCCUGGCUGCCCUGCCCGCCGCCCAGGCCGGCCUGUACACCAAGAACUCUGGCGUUCUUCAGCUCGAUGCUCGCUCCUACAGCAGGCUGAUUGCCAAGUCCAACUACACCUCGAUAGUCGAAUUCUACGCCCCCUGGUGCGGCCACUGCCAGAACCUCAAGCCUGCCUACGAGAAGGCCGCCAAGAACCUCGAAGGCCUGGCCAAGGUCGCCGCCGUUGACUGCGAUGAGGAGGCCAACAAGCAGUUCUGCGGCUCCAUGGGCGUCCAGGGCUUCCCCACGCUCAAGAUUGUCCGCCCCAGCAAGAAGCCCGGCGCAAAGCCCGUCGUCGAGGACUACCAGGGCCCGCGCACUGCAAAGGCCAUCGUCGAGACUGUCGCCGAGAAGAUCAACAAUCACGUCACCCGCUUGACCGACAAGGACUUGAAUGCCUUCUUGGCAGCGGAGAAGCCCAAGUUUGUUCUCUUCACCGACAAGGGCACCACGAGCGCGCUACUGAGGAGCAUCGCCAUCGACUACCUGGACACCAUUUCCGUGGGCCAGAUCCGCAACAAGGAAAAGGCUGCUGUGGACAAGUUUGGCGUUGAAAAGUUUCCCACCUUGAUGCUUUUCCCGGCCAAGGGCAAGAACGAGAAACCAAUCACAUACGAGGGAGAAUUGAAUAAGAAAAGCCUGCUCGAAUUCCUCUCCCAAGUCGGGCCUCCUAAUCCGGACCCUGCGCCGACCAACGCCAAACGCGACAAGACCGCCAAGACCGACAAGGCUACCAAGGCCGACAAGAAAAGGAGCACCGAGCCGGAGCAGACGUCCGAGUCCUCCGCCGACACAACCUCGACCAAGGCGGCGGCCCAUACCCCCGACAUCAUCCCCAUCACCGCCAUCACGACCAAGGACACGUUGGUGGAAAAAUGUCUUCGGCCCAAGUCCUACACCUGUGUUCUGGCCCUCGUCCCCGCCGACGCAUCUGAGCAGGGAACCAAGGUCAUUGAAUCCCUUUCCCAGCUCAACAGCAAGUACAUCCAUGGCAAGAGGCAUCUUUUCCCGUUCUUCUCAGUUCCCAGCAACAUGGAAGGAACGUCUUCGCUGCGACAUGCCCUGAAGCUCGGGUCAGGCGUCGAACUCGUUGUCGUCAACGCUCGUCGCGGAUGGUGGAAACACUACGAGGGCGACUUUGGCGUAGAGAGUGUCGAAGGAUGGAUCGAUGCCAUCCGUAUGGGAGAGGGCAAAAAGGCCGAGCUGCCCAAGGGCGUGGUGGUUGAAGAAGCCGAGGCGCCGAAAGGGCAGAGCUCGACCGAGGCGGAAAAGGCAUCCGAGGCGACACAGGCGACGGAUCCCGAGACCGAAACCAAGACGUCCAGCCCAGAGACGGAAAAAGUUGUGCACGAGGAGCUUUGA